CAACAUGCUAAGAAUGGUUGUUAUUAGUGGUGUGCUGGAUUAGAAGUUGGUUCUUUGUAUUUAUCCAUGUUUGGAAUUGUAUAAUCCGUUGAAUUAGUUGGUUCCAAUCCCAUUAUUCUACGUAAUCAAGAAAGUAAAACUCAGUCCAUGAAUUGGGGCUUUGAAAAGUAUUAAAGGGGUUCUAGGAAAGUUCUUGAGUUGCAUAGAGGAAGUACUACUAGAGUUGGUUUUGGUGUGGAAUACUGGUCUUAAAUACAAGACAUGCUGAGCUCAUACGAGGGAGUAAAUGAUGUGUUCUUUGAUUCGUUGGAUUGCUUGUCGCUUGAAGAACCACUUGUAGCAAAAAGAAAAUUGGAGGGUGGGAAAUUAGAGUAUGAAAUUUGGAUAAAUGAGCCACGAAAUGUGAAGGAAAGACGUGAAAGUUUUCUGCGUGUAAUGGAUCUGGUUGAGUUUGCAAAGUCAUCAAGGGUCAAGGAUUUGGAGAGGAUUUCAGAGUACAGUGAUGCUGUCCCGAGUUCUUUAUUUUCAUCUGUUAACAAUGGAGGUGGAAGUAUGGCUUGUUGUGAUAGGGAAACCACUUUUCAAGCUAGUUUUUUGGUUGAUGAAUCAGAACAAGAACAGAACGUAGCUCUUGAGAGAGAGAAUAUGAUAUUUUCUCCUACUGAAGGUCGUGAACCAAAGGAAGCUCAAGCACACUUAGAUGAGUGUGAAAAUGCUAAAGUUAAUACGAAGAAAUUCAAGAAAUGGUGGAAACACCUUUUGAGUUUGAGGAAAGGAGGAGAAAAUAGAUGUGCAUCUAAGGUAUCAAAGCAAAAUAUCAAAGUACAUAAAACAAACAGAAUGAUGGUUCAGCCCAACAAGAAAGGAUACAUGGAGUUUACAGCACUUUAUAUGGGACCAGAAAUACAGGCUCACAAGGGCUUCAUCUGGACAAUGAAGUUUAGCCCAGAUGGUCAGUAUUUGGCAAGUGGCGGUGAAGAUGGGGUAGUACGUAUAUGGCAUGUCACAUCAACCCAUGCCUCCAGUAAGCCUUUCAUGGCGGACGGCAUUAUGGUUAGAAAGAUGGACAAAGGAAAAUUCGGUUUCAGCAGAAAAAACCCGAUCCCCUCACCAGUUAUCCCUUGUAAGAAUUUUCAGAUGGAGGAGUCACCAAUGCAAGAGUUUCAUGGCCAUGCCAGUGAUGUUUUAGAUCUUGCAUGGUCCAGUACAAAUUGUCUUGUUUCUUCUUCCAUGGACAAAACUGUUCGUCUGUGGCAAGUCGGCUGCAAUCAAUGUCUAAAUGUUUUUCAUCAUAGUAACUAUGUCACAUGCAUUCAGUUCAAUCCCAUUGAUGACAAUUACUUCAUCAGUGGUUCUAUAGAUGGAAAAGUUAGGAUCUGGGGAGUCUCUGAUAAGCGAGUUGUUCAUUGGGUAGAUGUGCGAGACAUUAUAACUGCUAUAUGUUACCGGCCAGAUGGGAAGGAAUUCGUGGUUGGUUCCAUUACAGGCACUUGCCACUUUUAUGAAGCAUCAAGUAAUAAUUUCUACCUUGGAGGCAGAGAUAAUAUUCAUGGCAGGAAGAAAACCUCUGGCAACAAAAUAACAAGUAUUCAGUUCUUCCGGGGUGAAUCGCACAAAGUUAUGAUAACUUCUGAAGAUUCCAAACUCCGAAUAUUCGAUGGGGUAGAUAUUGUUCGUAAAUUUAAAGGACUGCUAAAGUCAGGAAGUCAGAUGUCGGCAUCUUUUAAUUCAACCGGGAGACAUAUAAUCUCAGUUGGAGAAGACUGUCAUGUUUAUGUCUGGAACUACAAUGACUUGUGUCUCGAUACAUCGAAACAUGCAAAAUCUGUUCAUUCCUGUGAGCACUUCUUCUGUAAAGGUGUGUCUGUUGCAAUACCUUGGUUAGGCCAGGGUGCAGAUCAGAAGCACUCAGAUAUUAAUGGCUGCGGGGCUCCGUCACCAAGAGAGGGUCAAGAGGGUGCUUCCUGGAUCAGAGAUUCAGAACGGUUCUCUCUUGUCAACUGGUUCUCCAUUGAUGUGUCCUGCAAGGGUUUUGCCAAAUGGCCCGAAGAAAAGCUUCCUUUGUGGGAUGCAGCGGUUGUGGAAGACGAGUGUUAUAUACAUGACCAGCAGCAGCUCUGCUACAAUAGGUGCCAACUAUCAGACGACCUACCGGAAACAUGGGGGUUAGUGAUUGUUGCUGGUGGAUGGAAUGGAACAAUCAGGACAUUCCAAAACCAUGGAUUGCCUGUUAAGUUAUAGGAGUUUCCGCCUGGAGUUUUCAUAGUCUAUUAGUACCAGUUCUUGAUGCUUUUCAAUUUUUUGGUGAACUUACGGUAUAUUAUUAUCUGGGUUUGUCCCAUGUGCAAGCCCAGUCAGCUGCAGACUUCAAGGAAACAAAUUUGCUUCCAGAUGUAAAUGUUCCCAAGCCACGGCGUUGAUAGUCAACCCAUUACCCCUCUUAAAAUGUCGGUAGAGGUCCUUUCUUUUGACAUGCUUUUAAGUCAUCAUUAUUUAACAUUGUCCAUGUCAUCAUGCUUAUGUUGGAACCCUUUUAACAUGGCAGUUCAUACAAUUUUUCGAAAUCUUACAGUUUUUCUUUGUGGAUAAUACUUAAACUACAUAGCAAUACAAAGAAAUCGAAUUAAUU